UUAUAAUGUACUCUCCGACAUGACCUUGGUUGAGAUGCAUCUUAGGUGUACUGAAUAUGCCGCUUGCGUUAAAUUGCCACUGAUUUUCUUUUGAGUUCUGUUAUUGUCACGAUGGAGCAUCUGUCAUAUAAAAGGCAGUUUUGUUCAGACAGCUUCUUCAAUCUUACUGAAGUUUGGGGAUCGGAUUUCAAGUUGUCAGAAUGUUUCCAAUUUUCUGUACUGACAUUUCCCGGGUUGACCUUAUUUUGUAUGUUUAUACUCUCAGUAUUGUUUAAGAAACGUAUGUGGAACCAUCGUAUUGCUUUGAUCAAAUUCGGAGCUCCACAAUGCCUUCGAAUGAUCCUUUGCUUUGGAGUUGCUGUGUGUGUAAUUACCUUACUGGUAUCAACCACAUGUAUGGAGGUUUCCUACUCCCUUCCUAUUGAUUCUGUGCAAUACUUUUCCCUUACUAUUUUGUUUCUGUCAAUUGCUUUUUAUAUGUUGAUAGUCGAGUAUAAACGCCGUGCCUGUCAACCACGUUCACAAAUGCUGUUUGUCUUUAUGUGUCUAAUAAUCAUAUGCAUGUUGCCUCGCUUAUAUGGUUUAUUAUAUACUGGAAGUGGAUGGCCAAACCAAUCUACAUUUUACUGGAUUCAUUCAGCCACCAUUGCUGUAUAUAUAUGCUUAGCAUUCGGAGAACUGCUUAUUCAAUUUUUCUCACCGUUUAAUGAACGAAAUUCCUUGCUUCAUGAUAAAGAUGCCUGCCCAGAGUUAUGGGCCUCUGUUCCAACCUUAUGGACUUUCAGUUGGUUGACAAGUACUAUUUGGAAAGGAUUUCGAGGUCGAAUUAACAGUCCCUCUGAUAUGUUUCAUAUACGUCCUGAGGAUUCAGUUAGUGAAAGUUAUGGUCGUUUUAAACAUGCCUGGCAGAGAUCCUACAAUCUUUGGUUCAAGAGGAAAAAGUCAGAAAUAUUUUCAGAUGUGAGCAAUGAUGAUGUACCGUUGCUGAUGGAUUUUAAAGAGGAUAAUGAGCAAACCGGAAAUGUCUCAAAUGAUGCAGAUAUGUUGAAUGUAACACCUGAUGUCGACAUCUUGAUGCCAUCUACCACUAAUAAUAACUUAGAUUCCUGCAGUUUAGAAGUAUGUAAACAAAGUACAAUAAAAGCUGGUCCUGCACUAGCCACAUGGGGAUUAUUCUAUGCUCUUGUUUCAGCCUUCGGUUUGCGUCUCUUUUGUGGAUGGGUCCUUAUAUCAGCUGCUGUAUUCCUUAACUACAGUUCACCAUUGUUACUUGGAAUGUUACUUCGAUUUCUUUCCAAACCUGAAGCUCCAUUAUGGCAAGGAUAUUUUAUUGCAUUUUCAAUGCUGUUUCUUCAAUCCAUCUGUGUUUUGGUAGAUCAAAGAGGAUUUAGCUCAUGCUUGUCUCUGGGAAUAUCUGUUCGAUCAGCUCUUACAUCAGCAAUUUAUCGAAAAUCUCUUCGAUUAUCUUCUGAGGCUCGAAGUCAGUAUACAACGGGAGAAUUGAUAAAUUUACUCAGUAUCGAUGUGAAUCGUAUAAAAGAACUUUUCAUGUUCUCGUUCCUUGUUUGGGAUGCAUUCAUUGAAUUUGGUUUGUCGUUUAUUUUGUUGUGGCGUCAGCUUGGUUCAGCUGCGAUAGCUGGUGUUGGAUUUUUGUUAUUUGUAUUACCACUCAAUUGUUUACUAAUAUGGGCUACUCAGAAAUUUGAGAUUCGUGAAAUGAAAUAUAAGGACAAACGCAUGAAAUGCUUAGGUGAAGUGCUUGCUGCUAUUCGUGUGGUUAAACUCUAUGCAUGGGAAAAGGCUUUUCAAUCUCAAGUCAAAUCAAUCCGUAAAUCUGAACUAAUUGAACUAUUACGUGUCGUCUUAGGCUGGGGUCUAUGCCAUGUUGUAUGGAAUCUGGCGCCAUAUAUUAUUUUAUUGAUAACUUUUGUCACAUAUUUAAGGGAGUUCUUAUUCGCCAAUCAUAAUACAUCGUUGAACAGUUGGAUUGGAAAUACUACUGAUAUCGCUACACCUCAGUUGUUAACACCUGAACGGAUUUUUGUUAGUGUUAGUUUGUUCAAUUUACUACGUAGCCCACUACUUCUGUUACCAUGGAGUCUUUCAUCUUCAAUAAUGGCCUUUGUUUCAAUUCGCCGUCUUGGAUUAUUUCUUUUAGCUGAUGAGUUAGAAUAUUAUUCCUUUAAUAACAAUGAUUAUUCACUGGAUGAAAAAUCAUCAGAUGCGGUUACAUUUGAGAAUGCUUCAUUUUCAUGGACUAAAACAGGUCCAUUAGUUUUGCAAAAUUUGAAUGUACGUAUCUCUCGUGGGUGGCUGGUCGCUAUUGUUGGCAAUGUAGGUUCUGGAAAAUCAUCUUUCUUAUCAGCCUGUUUAUCUGACAUGUUCAAACGUAGUGGAAAGGUUUCCGUGAAAGGUUCCAUUGCUUAUGUUUCACAAACAGCCUGGAUACAACAACAAUCUCUGCGAGAAAAUAUUCGUUUUGUCAUAACCAGUGAUACUCAGUCGAACCCAGUUGCAGAGCAAAUUGAAGAAUUAUGGUAUAAAAAUGUUAUUUCUGCUUGUGCUCUUGAAACUGAUAUUGCUCAUCUUCCCGCUGGUGAUAAGACGGAAAUUGGCGAGAAAGGUGUCAAUUUGUCUGGAGGUCAAAAGCAACGUGUUAGUUUAGCUAGAGCUGUAUAUCAGCGUUCAGAUAUUUAUCUAUUAGAUGAUCCAUUAUCAGCAGUCGAUGCACAUGUUGGCAAACAUUUAUUCGAUAAAGUUUUAGGUCCAAAUGGUCUUUUAAAAGAUAAAACUAGAAUUAUGACAACAAAUUCAUAUCAUUGGCUAUCUUCUGCUGAUUGGAUUAUUGUUCUAAACUCGAAUGGUCAAAUUAUACAAUCUGGAACGUAUAAUGAAGUUGUACAUAGUGAAUCUGGACAUUUUGCUGAUUAUCUAGAGUCGUUUGAGAAAAAUAAGACAGACGAUGAAACAAUGAAGAUGAACGAAGAUAACCAGAGGAAGAUUUCAUUUACAUCGCGCUUUAACCGUUCCUCUAGUGUAGUGGUUGCGCCUAGUUCAUCUUAUCGUAUAAGAAUGCUGUCUGGCAGUCCACCAAUGAAUGCAACAAAAAAAUUAUCACUAGAAACACCUGUUUCAUUUUCAAAAUUCAUUAAUUUUUCUGAUAUAACAACUACUAUUGCAAAACAUGAAAAUAAUGAUCAUCAGUUUAUGGCUACUGGUGAAGCGUCAAAUGAUUUGAUUGAUUUUUUACCUGAACAGGAGGUGACUCGUCGUUGUUCUGCAACUAGUAUAAAUGUUACAAAUUCAAGUGCCAGUACUUCAGAUGAUAAUAAAUUUGAAAAUGAUGAUCUUGAACUUGGAAAAUUUAUGACCGAUGAAGAAAUCAUGCAUGGUCAUGUAUCGUGGUCAACCUAUUGGCAGUAUUUCCUUGCUCGGAGUGUAUCUGUUACGUUUAUCAGUAUACUGUCGUACGCAGGAUUCUUAGGUGUACAGGCAUUUUGCAGUUAUUGGUUACAAUGGUUUGCAGAUGAUAAACAAUUGAUUGAAGCUGAACAAGCAUUUCAAAAUGCUACCAUAAUUAGUAAUGAAACUGCUCGUCAGAUAUUGAUGGAACAGAUUAAAAAUAGAAUAUUAUAUUACAUUGUAGGCUAUGCAUGGGCUGGAUUAGGUCAAACAGUGUUAAUUUUAGCAUUUGCACUGCUUAAUGCAUAUUCUAGUCUGAGAGCUUCAAGUCUACUACAUGAACAACUUUUAUCGAAAAUACUUCACGCGCCAGCUAGUUUUUUUGAUCAUACACCUUUAGGUCGUAUAUUGAAUCGAUUCAGUAAUGAUGUGGACAAUUUAGAUCAUACCAUACCGAAUUCAUUUAGUGAUACUAUUGGAACUACUGGUGAUGUUUUGAUUUCACUAGUAAUUGUUACUGUGACACUUCGUCCAUUUGGUAUAGGAUUAGCAGUGAUUAUUCCUGUAUUUAUAUUUUGUAUAACUGUGUUACUAUUCUAUAUGCCGUGUGUCAGACAAACACGUCGAUUGGAUGCAAAUACACGUUCACCAUUGUUAACGAAUUAUAGUGAAACGUCAGCUUCUUCUCUUGGUGUAACUGUUGUUCGCGCAUUUAAACGUGAUAAAGAAUUUAUUGCUAAAUCUGAUAAAUUAAUUGAUACUAAUGCAGUGUUCGAGUAUACUCGUUUUAUUGCUAACCGAUGGCUAGAUGUUCAUUUAAAUUUAUCUUCUAGUUUUAUGGUAUUUACAUGUGCUGUGAUUUUGGUUGCUUAUCGAUCGAACAUAUCACCUGGUAUCGCUGGUUUAAUUAUAGUGUAUGCAUUGCAAGUAUUUGAUUCAUUGACAUGGGUUAUUAAACAGCUAUCUCAAUUGGAAACUAGUUCAGUUUCAUUAGAAAGAAUAUGUGAAUACAUUCGAGUUGAACAAGAAGCUGACUGGGAUCAUGGAGUGGAUAGUCCUCCUCCGAUUGAUUGGCCGAGACCUUGUUGUGAAAUUACAUUCAACAAAGCUACUGUCCAAUAUCAUUUGCCAUCAAAGAACAAAGUGUCCGGUAAUCCUGGCUUAUCAAUGAAUCAAAAUGCAUCAUCGAAUUCUGAACGAUUAGUUACAGCAUUAAAAUCUAUUGAUCUCAAAUUAAGUGGUAAUCCACAAGAACGUCGUAUAGGAAUUGUUGGUCGUACUGGAGCAGGAAAAUCGUCUUUAGCAUCUAGUAUCUUUCGUUUAAUUGAGCCUACCAUAUUAGAAGAAGAUAGAAUAAAGAUUAGAUCUAAACGUGGUCCAAUUAUUGUUGAUGGAGUUGAUUUGUCACGAAUUGGUCUACAUGAACUUCGAUCUAAAUUUAGUAUUCUUCCACAGGAACCAAUUAUUUUUGCUGGUACACUUCGAUUUAACUUGGAUCCAUUCGGUAAACUACCUGAUUUUGAUUUAUGGCGGGCAAUAGAAUCUGCUCAUUUAGCUGAUUGGGUUCGGUCGACUAAUGCCGGUUUGGAUUAUGAAUGUGGUGAAGGUGGAGCAAAUCUAUCAGCUGGUCAACGUCAACUUGUUUGUCUAGCUCGAGUCUUUCUAUCAUCCGGUGGUCGAGUUCGUUUACUCAUUCUUGACGAAGCUACAGCUGCAAUGGAUCCAUCUACAGAUAAUUUAGUUAUGAAUACUGUCAUAGGAGAUAUGUUUAAGGAUGCAACUGUUAUUAUUAUUGCUCAUCGUUUAUCCAGUGUAAUGAAUACAGAUAAAAUUGUUGUAUUAGAUCAUGGACAAGUGAUUGAAACUGGCCAUCCACAAGAUUUACUAAAUAAUCCGAAUUCUCAUUUUGCAGCAAUGAAAAAAGUGAAACAUUCCUAAACAGGAUUCGCCUUGCAACCCUUCAUCGUCGCUUGUUUCUUUCUUUCUUCUUCUUCUAUGUUAUUAUUAGGUUUUCAUAUUAUUCAUGACAUUAUUUCUUAUAAUAUUGUUAUAAUUAUUCUACUUUUUGAUCAUUUAAUUACUUUAGAAAGACAUUUUAUAAAUCACAUAUAUAUAUAUAUAUAUAUAUAUAGAUAUAAUUUCUGUAUAUUUUCUUAUUCAUUGUUUAAUAUUGAUUAUGUGAAUACUUUUGCUGAAUUCAUUUCAAUUAUUUCCUGUUAUUAUCCACUAGCCCCAUCUUUAUCAUCAUCAUCACAGUCACUGUUUCAAUUCAAACACAGUAAGGUCAUGUUCAAUGAUUAAUAUUUGAAUUUCAAAAAAAAAAGAAAAGCAAACACAUUUUCAAUCGACUUGAAAUAUUAUCCAGGUUCAUUUUUUUACUGUGAAUAAUAUUCAAGUUGUUAAGUGUUCUAA